GAAUGCAUAACUAUUCAAACAAACCAAUUAGUAUUCAUUUCACAAGGGCUAUUUGUGCACUUCCCCCCAUUACAUAGUAAAUCAAUUCCUUGUUUGUGCAGGUGAAUUUGUAAUGGACACAUCUCGCUCGCAAGACGAACCGGACCACGACCUUUACACAAUCCCUAGUUACACCAGUUGGUUUUCUUGGCAAAGCAUACACGAAGUGGAAAGGCUAUCAUUGCGAGAAUUUUUCGAUGGAAGUUCGAUUACAAGGACACCCAGAAUAUACAAAGAGUAUAGGGAUUUUAUUAUUACAUCCUACCGUGAAGAUCCGACCCGAAUGCUAUCGUUUACGGAGAUCCGAAAGGCGUUAGUGGGUGAUGUGACUGUGUUACAUAAGGUGUUUACGUUUUUGGAGAAGUGGGGUUUGAUUAAUUUUGACCCGAGUAACGCGGCUGCGGCUGCGGCGGCGGUUGGUGGUGUUGCGGAGGAAGAGGAUAAGGAGGAUGAGAAGUGGAGGAUUAGGGUUGAAGAAGGGGCCCCACAUGGGGUUAGGGUUGUGGCAGCUCCGCAUUCUUUGAAACCACUGAUACCUGUGAAGGAGGUGGUUAUUGGGGAUGGAGGUGGAGGUGGUAGGGUGGGUGGUGUAGUAAAGGUGUCGCCUUUGGCAUCGUAUUCUGAUGUUUAUGGGGAGUUGGUUGGGGUGGAGAAGAAGGAAAGUGUGGUGUGUGAGAGCUGUAAAGAGCAGUGUGCUUCGGGUUAUUAUGAGUACAACAAGGAUGUGAGCAUUAAUUUAUGCGAGAAAUGUUUUAAAAGUGGUAAUUAUGACAAGAACAAAUCGACAGAUGAAUUCAAGUUAAUGGAUGGGGCGAACCCUAAAGCCAACUGGACUGAAGCAGAAACUUUACUCCUAUUAGAAUCUGUACUGAAGCAUGGUGAUGACUGGGAUCUUGUUACUCAAAAUGUCAAAACAAAGAGUAAACUGGAUUGUAUCUCAAAGCUUAUACAGUUGCCAUUUGGGGAUCUUAUGCUUGGUUCUAUUCAUAGAAAGCUUAAUUUUUUGGACAAGAAUGGUGAGGUAAGUGGCGUGGAUCAAGCUCAACCAGCAAUAAGUGAGUCUGGAGAAACUCCUGGAAAUCAAUCUCACGAGCAGAACCAGGAGCAUCAACAGAAUGGAGAUGCUGAAGACGAAACCCCUCCUCUCAAGAAAAUACGCGGGGCUCCAAUUUCGGAAGCCAGUAGUUUCCUGAUGAAACAGGUAGCUCGCAUCUCUGGUGCUGUUGGUUCACAUAUCACAGCAUCUGCAGCUGAGGCUGCUGUUACAGCCCUUUGCUAUGAGAACCAGUGUUCCACUGUGAUUUUUGAUGAAGACGACGAUGGAUUGGGAUCGAUUGCUGAUAUCAGUGAGACAGAGAGGGCGAGUCAAGUCGAAAGUGCUGAAGGGGUGGAAAAGCCUGGCAGAUCAGAGACAGAGGUGGAUGUCUCUCAGAGGAAUACUAUACCACUAACUUUACGUAUGAGGGCUGCAACUGCAACUGCUGUAGGUGCUGCUGCUGCUCAUGCCCAAUUGUUGGCGGAUCAGGAAGAGAGAGAAGUAGAAUAUUUAGUUUCUACAUUGGUUGAAGCUCAGAUGAAGAAGUUGCAACGCAAAAUGAAACAUGUCGAAGCUCUGAAUCUGAUGAUGGAGAAGCAGCAUGGCCAAAUGAAGGAUCUAGAAGAGUCUUUAGUUGCAGAGAGAAUGGACGUCUUGCAGAAGAUGUUUAGUGCCGGGGUAUCUAGAUGGAAGGAUCAUGCUCCGGUCAAAUCUCAAAGCAGCAGCGUAUAGCUUUGACGUUUCAUGAAUUUCAUAUACCGUGAUGUUGUAGAGAAAGCUCACCGUUAGUUGCUUCUUCAGUCAUUCCCCUGAUGAUGCUUGUGCCUGGUUUAUCUUCAGAUGCUUUUGCUGUUAAGUUGAGCUGCGUUAUUUUUUCUAAAUUUCAUUCUUAACUGAUGGUCAAAAACACUCCCGAACUAUUACUAUUUUGCGAGUUUCACACCUCAA